UUUGCACACAUGUAGUACAUGUGGCUUUGCCCACAUGCUUAAUUUGCUGAAACUGUAAACGACACAGAUAAACUAUUUGGCGUAUACCACGGGUAUGACAAAACAUGUAUUUGUAUUGCUCUAAUUACGUUGGUAACCAGCUUAUAAUAGCGAUAAGGAACCUCAUGGGUUUGUGAUAUAUGGCCAAUAUACCACACUCGUGCCUUAUUGCUUAAAAAUCCUCUAUCUAGCUCUGACAACAGGCACACUUCUCAUUUCAAGUAAUUGUUUUUUUUAUUGCCUAAAUGCCACGUGCGUCCACUCCAGUGUAUUUGUAACAACCUAACUAUUACGAAAUGUACAUUCGAUUAAAUCCGCCUCGUGUAGGAAAUUAGCAAAUAAUAAUUGUUGACCAAAUUCACUAUGAGGGGAUUCGAUUAAUCCGACCCGGGUGAAAAUUGAUUGUAAAUUCGCUUGGAACCGCGCCGUCUCCUGGGCGUGUGCCAGGAGCCCCGUUCAAAGACCACGGCAAAAUUGCCUCAAAACAAAAUAUGGACCAACAGGUGGACGACGACACGGUUUUGUUCCCCACUGCUGUGUCGGAGGAAGUGCUCGUGGAGGCGCGGCGUAAACAUGCCAUCUGCCGGCUCUUUGGGUCCAGCAGCAUUUUCCUAUCAUCUGAAAGCCGGAGAGGGGACCGGCCUGAUCUCGUUUACAUUUUAACAAACAAAGCCAUUGAACACUAUGAGAAUGGAGAAGAGGCAAUGGCAGAGUCCCAAUUUUCAAAGGCUGUGACAUUUUUCACCAAAGCUAUCCAUCUUCAGCCGAAACAGACCCAGCUCUAUGUGAGCCAGGCGGAGGCCUAUUUACAGUUAUGUGACUUCCAGUCUGCAGUCGUCAGCUACAGGCAUGCCUGCCUCCUGGAGCCUCAUACUAAGACCUUACACACACGUCUAGCCUUCAUCUAUUACCUACAGGGCCAAUGUUUGUAUGAUAAGGGCAUGUUCCUGGAUGCUCUGGAGUCGUUUGCCAAGGCUGCCGAGCUCAAGCCUAGCUGCAGGUCAUAUCACAUGAGGAGCCUGGCAUGUCUGACGGCCCUGGGCCGCUAUACUGACUGUCUGAGGCUGGUCAGUAACUGGCUGGAGGCAGACUCUCAGACCGCAGAUCUGUUCACCCUCAGAGCACGGCUCCACAAACAGCUCAACCAGGUAAAAAUGUGCUACCAUGAUCUGAGGUCCGCUUUGAUUCUCAGUCCGUCGUGCCCAGAGGCAGGUGCCCUGCUGGGCCAGCUAGAGGAGGCCAGUGAAAGGGCCAGGCAGCAGGCCGUCAGCAGGGCCUUGGCAGGGGAGCUCACAGAGGCCCUGUCCAAGAUCAACACAGCCCUAGAGCAUUGCCCUGAGACUGGGCGGCACUACCUCUUCAGGGGUAUUCUGUACCGCAGGCUGAAAGAGUUUACUGCUGCCAUUGAGGACUUGGUCCUGGCUGUGGAGCUGAGUGAGGCUGGAGAUGCGGGAGACCAGGGGUCGGAGCUGAGCGGACACACCCAGGAAGACUGGAGGGCCGUGCAGGGAGAGGCCCAGGUCCAGCUGGUGCUCACCUACAACGACUUUGCUGUGCAGUGCUUCUCCCGUAGCUUCUACACAGAGGCAGUCCUGCUGCUCAACAAGGCCAUCCAGGAGCAAAAGGAGGAGAGUGGCCUCUACAUCAACAGAGGAGAUUGUUUCUUCAAGCAGGAUGAGUGGGAGUUUGCCCUGGCUGACUACCAGCAGGCGAAGGAGAUCUCUCCUGAUGACCAGGUCAUUAGGAUCCGCCUCGCUGUCAUCCACAACACCCUGGGAACACACUGCUACCAGGACCGGAAGUACCAGGAGGCAGCUGACAAGUUCUCUGAGGCCAUCAAUUAUAACCCUGGAGUUAGCCGGUACUAUGAGAACCGAGCCAAAGCCCACAGUAAACUGCCCAACGUUGAGGGGGCCAAGCAGGAUGCCAUCAGUACCCUCAUCCUGGACCCCACUAAUGAUCAGGUGGUCCCUCUGCUGCUGAGUCUAUUCCCAGGCUGCUCCGUGUCAGAUAUUCUGUCCAGUGAAACGGCCAGGACGGUCAAAGCCCAGCUGAUGGACAGCAUCCAGGCCUGCAAACAAUCUACAUCCUCCGUGCUAAGGGCAGUUGCACAGGUCCAGAUGAAGCCUUAUCCUGGACUACAAAUAAGCUUUUUCAACAGAGAGUCUCAAUUAAUGUGCAGUGAGCUUGACAAGAUAACCCUGUCGCAUGACGCAGACAGCCAGUCUGACAGCCAAUCCUCAGAGGACCAGUUCGACCAGGGGGCGGAGCCUCUUAAAGCCCGUGUGGCCCCGCAGGAGGUAUACCAGCAGAUUGUCAGGAUCAACCAGCAGGUGAAGCGAGCAGUGCGAUUGGCCCUCGAAUGGCGGCAGCCUCUACAUUAUGACGGGCCCCAUCUGUCCCCCGGCUGCACAGUGGAACAGGAGCAAUCUGCACUGGGCUCAAAGGACAGGCCAUACCACUGGAGGAAGUUUGGGGGGUUUGGAGUGAAUUCCAAAUGAGCAGCAACACUAUGGCAUUUACUACUGUUCGUUUGACAUGGUGGAACUGUUGGUCCACUGUUGCUCUUCAGCCCUCUAAGCUUGAGUGUGGCCAUAGUAAUGUAGAGGUUGUGAUGGUACCAUAUUGUUCUUAAUCCAAUAGGUGUCAGUAGAGGCACAAUUUUCCAUAGUUCCACCUCACCUGUUUGGAUUUAUUUAAUUGAUCCAUUAAUCUAGAUUGUCAGGGCACAAUGAUUUUGUUAUGGUAUUUUCCUCAAGUGUUUGUAUUGUUUAUGUCCAUAGAUUAACAGGCAUAUGGAGACAUGUGAAGGGCUUAUGACAAAUCAAAUCAAAUGUUAUUUGUCACAUACACAUGGUUAGCAGAUGUUAAUGCGAGUGUAGCGAAAUUCAGUGAUAUGACAGACAUAAAGGAUGGAGAUACUGUACUGUAGCUCUAUUGUGUUGGUUCUAUAAGCUUGAGAAUUUAGUUGAAUGGUAAUACCAUUGUCUGUUUAGCUAUUCUUUUUUAACAGUAUACAGUAAACCUUUAUUUUUAACAGAUUGUUUUGUGUUGGAAAUUUGUCUGAAAAGGAUGUUUUGCCAAAUUAAAAGAUAUUUAUCCAGAUUAUA